GUAAUACUGGAGUUUCUACAUCUACUUCCCGCCUAAGGCGGCAUCGCAUUGAUCAAGAUGGCUCACGUCGCCUCGUUGCUACACACUGCCCCCACUCUCAGUACUGCGGAAGCGGCUAGCGCGGCGAGGUUCACAGCACAGCUGCUUGACCCCUUGUCCGUCCCGGUUGUGAAACCGUCGCAGUUGUCCCACCUCCGUGUUGGCAUUGAUGGCGAAGGAUUUCUGCGGGCGAUCCUUGCAGGAGAAGCGGGGGGACGAGAUCCCGCUUCGUCAGUGCUACCUAAAAGCCCCUCUUUACUGCUCCAGCUCGCGAAGGCGCUGCAUCAAAAUUCAACCGCGCUACCAGAUUUGCUUCGGCACCUCGCGGCGGAGUUCUCAACAGCAGUUGCUCGGCUGUUGGAAGGGGAAAUCGACCUCGUUUUCGUCUUUCCCACGCCCGUCUGGAGCCGGAGCAGACGCUUGGAGGGAAAGCUGCCGAGGAAGGGGAGCUCUUUUGCUUCUCCCGAGAAGAGAUGGAAAAAUGGUACACCGAAUUUUGAAGGUGACACCACUGAACUCGUACAGAGCCGCGCACCGGACCACUAUCGUUCAACAAAAACGCCUUCCCUGUCUCCGGACCGCCGUCGAAGGCUUCGUGAGAACCUCCUUGCCAGCGUGGAUACCGAGUCGGGAAAUGAUCUGGAACUCGCCCUGGUGCUGAACACGAUCGUGGCGCAGUGGGAGGAGGAGGAAACCGAGCGGCGGCGGACACGCGUGGAGUCCGCACGGAACCGCUUGCAAGAGUGCCUCGACGACCUGUACUUUCGCCUCUUCGACGCCCAGGGCGACGAGGCGGAGAAGAGACAAUCGACGCGCGACUUGGCCAACUUCCUCCCCGUUUUGGACCUCCGCGAUCUGGCCGAGCAAAUUUUCGAAAUUUUGGACGAGAAGCGCGUCCCCUGGCACUUGUCCCCGGAGAACCGCGUGGACGCGCAGCUGGCCUGGCUGUACCGCACCGGGCUGGUGGACGUCGUCGCGAGUUUCGGAGGCAGCUCAGUAGGAGCGCGGGACGAUAUUAACAGUGGAUUUAGUUCAUCGACGCCCCAGGUUGCACAACUGGUGACCCUCGGCGUUUAUGACGUCUUGUACGGCACGAGUGGGAGAAGUCACAGUCACCUUGGUGGUUGCAGCACUCUGCUUGAUAUUUUGCUGCCUUCAAAAACAGAACAAGAAGAUGAAGAAUAUCAAACACCCACAGCACCGACCCAGUCGGGCGCCCGCUACCUCUCCUUGACCGGCACACCCCUCCCGACGCUCGGCACGCCUGAGUUCACCUGGCGCGACCGGUUGCAGCGUCAUCCGCACCUCGAGUUUCGGCGGCUUUUUGAGCCGUGGGCGGACUUCGUCCACCAGGAUGCGUACGCACCGCGCGACCGGCCGAAAUUCGUCGGCCUCUCCUUUGACGUAUACUUACCCUGGCUCCGGGCGGUGUAUCUGCUCUGUGUGGACAGAAAGAAUUUCUGUGCUGACGACUACGGAGAGGCAGAUGUUGAAGCUGAGUCGACAUCUGGAGGCAGCAGUGGCUUCUUGACCUCAGCCGUCAACCUGGUGUCCUGUCUCCGGCGAGAGCGCGGUAGCCGGAUCCGUGCGAGAGAUCUAGCACGGGCGGUGCGCGAUCCUUCGUUUCUUGCAAGGCAGAAUUACGGAAAAACCGGAAAGAUCUUUGAGGGAAAGUCGCCUGGAAGUCGUAGGAAAGAGGCGGCUCCCUUUGCUUCUGAGAUGAUGCGAGAAGGGGAGCAGCAAAAAGAACGGCUGGGGAUUCUAUCGCCCAACCGGAAGCAACAUCAAGGGGCGCUGUCAUCUUCGCCAUACAAAUCAAUCGGCAUUGAAGGGGAGGACAGUCCGACGAAUUCUGUGGUGCUGGACACCUUGCCGUCGUCCAACGCGGCUAGUAAUAGAAGUCCUGUGCGGAACUACUUCCAGAGCAGCAGGCGAAGACGGACUUCUACGGAAGGUGCAAAAGUGGAAGGUGAUGAUUAUCAUGACGACGAUUCAGCCAACAGUGCUGGGGGAGAGAACGAGAAGGCCUUGAGUCUGAAUAUUGCAGGAAGUCCGGCAAGAAGCCGCACGACUCGUGCGCCGUCCACCUCAGGCAGUGUUUUUUUAUCAACCGCAGCUUUCUCCUCGGCCCCAGGAUGGCAUAGCGAAACGAAAGAUGCGGAUUUUGGCGCGACCGCAAAAACAGCUGCUAGAGAUACAAGUUGUAGUGCGGAAAUUUCCAAACCCGUACUCUAUUCCGUCUCCGAGCUGAUUCACCGGAGCAGCUUAACAUGCUCGCCGAAACGAAGAGCAGAAAACACCAGCAUCAAAGCCGGUGACGCGAGGCAGUUCACCGGCAAUCAGCUCGCAUCUUUGUCUGCGCCUAUUGUGUGGCAGAACGAAGUUUCCCCGGAAAAUAAAAAAAUGGCGACGGUGAAGCUCUAUGCGGUGUCUCCGAAGCGGGGUCAACCGACGGAACUCAAAGUGACGAGAGAGGACCUUGAAAAAAUGUUCACACCUACAAGUAGAAGCGGGAGCACCGGUGAGCAUCAAGAUUCUUGGCACGAGCGGGUACAACCCGCACGGGGUGAUGAAAAGCAGGUGACGCACGGUGAUCUUGGCGAAGACCGAGCUGCGGACCGUGUUUACUAUCUCCACCGGGGCAGUUUCGGAAGUGGCACGGAUAUGUACUACCAAACGACUCCAGUGUUUUCGCGAUCCGCCAACGAAUGCAACGAGGACCACGACCUUUUCCUCGCCACCCGCCAGGAAAACGUGGACCGCUUGUCGAGUCUGCUGGGCAUACCGUCCAGAAAUUUGUCCUCGUCGCUGCGCCAAGAUCAAGAGUUCCUGUUUCAGGACGACUUGCAAGACGAACAACAGCAAACAGAAACAGACACUGGCAGAAGUAGCUCUGCUUGUCCAGACAAACAUCAAUCAUCCCCCCCUCCCUUCAACAUCCACGAGUACCUCAAAGCGGAGGCUGCACUGCUGUUUCAGUCCGUCCACCGCUUCCAUGCUACUGGCUCGUACGACUACGAUUGCGGGAGACCAAGGGGCGAGGCCGAUCGUUGUGCGGGGAAGGGUCACGACAACGACUACGUUCUCGCACCUUUGAGCGACUGCUUUGCCGACAACUGGCGGGAGCUGGUGUGGGGCAGCUUCCUACCCGAGAUCCAAGAUGUAUUUCUGGAUCAGAACCUCGAUACGAAUCGAUGACUCAUAAAGUUUCGAGAAUGUGUAUGUCAACAACUUCUACAACUGUGUUGACGUCACGACCUCUUCGGCUUUCUCGUCGACCAUCAAGGUUGCACACAAGUUUUGGAUGUUUCUGUUUUAAGAUUUUGAUGAAGCUACUUAGGCUGAUUCUUGUUGCAGCCCCUCGGGGCUCCCUUCGCUA